CGUCACUGUGAAUUUAUGACAGAAUUUCAACAUAUGAAUUCUCGCGGUUCCCGGUACUAACAAUUUAAAACAAUUUUCAUAUCAUCUUCAUUCAUGCCAGUUUCAGUCUGCAUUGACAUUCGCACAUACCGUGUUUUAUUUUUAAAGCCUUGACUCUGAGAUUAUUGUAAGAGUCUGUGAUCCACUAAAGGUAUUGUAUAAAAAGUACAGUUCAGAAAAUUGUUAUCUGUUGUGUAUGUAAACUUAGUUAUUUUUGUUCCUGUUUCUUCAACGUGUCAACAUAAUACACAAAACCACAUAACUCGGACGUCAUCGAAAUUUAAAUAAUCAGAACGAUGUUGCAGAACCAGAUUAUAUCCGUUUAGUCUAUUGACACGUGCUAUGCAUAAAACAUAAAUUGAAAGAAGUAUAUAAAUCAAGUAGACAGAAACAAGGCGGAAGUAUUUCCUAAAAAGCAAUCAAGUGUUAUGUAAAUAUAAGUUGAAAAAGUGAACAAGACUAAGGCGAAAAUAUUUCCUAAAAAUCAAUAGAGUGUUACAGAGUACAAUACUCUUCUAGCCAUAAGAAAAAAAAACAAUAGAAUAUGAAUUAACUGAUAAUGUUGAUUUUAUCGAUAGACUAUCUUCAAUGAUAAUUUAUGUGACACACCAAUGAAAUUUCGCAGUAUGAACGAGCGAGUUCACUAAAAUAGAAUUACAGUCAACGAGAUUCGUUCCAGAAACAUGGAUAUUAAAUGGAUCUCAAGGAUCAUCAUUUGCCUCCUUUAUUGUCAAGCAUCUUGGGCCGAGCUGAAGCUCAUACAAACGAUAUUUAGACAUGGAAACAGAAUGCCAUCGAAUAUCAAGUACUAUCCGAACGAUCCUUACGUUAACUACACUUACGAACCAGCCGGACGAGGAGGUUUAACAAACGUUGGUAAACUGUCCUUGUACAAACUUGGCCAAUAUUUUCGUGAAAGAUACGACCAAUUUUUAGGACGAAUUUACACUUCAAAAGAUAUUUGGUUCCGUGCCGAUGAGGUAGAGAGAGUUGUAAUGAGUGGACAACUAGUAGCAGCUGGAUUAUAUCCUCCGUGUGAAGAACAAAGGUGGGAUUCUAAUUUAAAUUGGCAACCGAUACCUGUAUGGACACCGCUGAAUUCGAACGAUUGCCUGUAUAAUGGGCAAUUUUUAACAAAUUUCUAUACAUGGAGAAAUAACGUGGAGAAAACAGAUGAGGCUAUAGUGCAAUUUCAAAAACAGAAUAAAGAUGUUUAUAGGUAUUUAUCUGAACAUACAGGUGGUAAUAUCAUACAAUCUAGAACGUUCAACUUACGUCAAUUCUUGUACGCACAGAAAGAUAUUGGUUUAAAAUUACCCGAAUGGACAAAAUCUGUUUUUCCACAUGGAAAGCUAGAUGAGUUAGCCGUAAACGAUAUUUACAUUCGGACUCGUACUCCACAAAUGAAGCAAUUAUUAGCUGGAAUGUGGAUUCGCGAAUGGUUAAAUCAUGUUGAUGAUCAUUUAAAUAAGAAUGAUACACGAAAAGCAUUUAUGUAUGCGGCACAUGAUCUAAAUAUUGCUUACAUACUUGCAGCACUAGACAAUUUUGAUAACGAAAUUCCUUACUAUGGUAGUACUCUGAUAUUUGAAUUACAUGAAGAGGAUAACGAAUAUUAUAUUCAGAUGCUUUAUAGAAACAAAGAAAAUAUUCAAUUACUCAAAUUCCCUAAUUGUGAUGACAAAAUGUGUCCAUUGGAUAAGUUCAAAAAAUUUGUAAUGCCUAUAAUACCGACAAAUCUGGAAGAAAUAUGUGGACAGGAAUAAAAAAGUAAAGUAUUAAUAUAAAUAUGGAUAGUAAUAAACCAAUACUAAAUGGAUUCAUAAAAUGAUUUCUAUAAUAUUCUACUAUUUACUCAUAUAAAUUCAAUAAUAAAUGUGUAAUAUUAAAACAAUGUUUAUUAAAAACAUGUCAUUUGUA